CUGCUCCUGCUCUCUCUCCCCCAGGUGACCCUAGCCAUGAGAACCCUCACCUUCCUUGCUGCUAUUCUCCUGGUGGCCCUCCAGGCCCAGGCUGAGCCACUCCAAGCCGAGGAUGAGCCACUCCAGGCAAGCGCUUAUGAGGCUGAUGCCCAGGAGCAGCGUGGGGAAGAUAACCAGGACUUUACCAUCUCCUUUGCAGAGGAUGCAAACUCACGUAUUAGAGCUUUGGGCUCAACAAGGAGUUUCACUUGCAAUUGCAGAAGGUCCUGUUAUUCAACAGAAUAUUCCUAUGGGACCUGCACUGUCAUGGGUGUUAGCAACAGAUUCUGCUGCCUCUGA